AUGCCUUCUCCAGACUGGACAAGAUCAGCGCCCUGGAUCUGGUUGCCAACCCACCAAGAGGACGAAAGCCAACCAGGUCGAUAUUUUCUCUUCCGCAAAAGUUUCCAAUGGAACCAGCCUCACGGACUUGCCGAAUUCCCAGUUCAUGUUUCAGCCGAUAGCCGAUAUCGACUCUUUGUCAACGGCCAUCGUGUGAGCUUCGGUCCUUGCAAGAGCUACCCUGAGCGAUGGUACUAUGAGACUGUGGACAUUUUGCCUUUCCUCGUGGAAGGCGAAAAUGUUAUCAGCGCGCGUGUACUCAGAUACUCUUGCGUACAUGCUGGGUCUUCGUCUAUAAUCAGUACUGAGCUUCCUGGAUUCCUUGUGCAUGGUGAAAUUGAGGGCUUUUCGCUUUCCACCGAUUCAUCUUGGAAAUGUCUAGGAGAAACUAGCCGGCGAAUCAUUCCACACUCCGAAUGGAACUACAUUCUUGGACCACCGUUUAUGUCCAACAACGAGAGGGUCACAGAAGCCAAAUAUAUCUCCGGUUGGGAGUUGACAGCCUUCGAUGACUCUACAUGGGAGCAUGCUGUGCCUGCAUUCCGGCCCGCGAAGAUGUUACCAAUGCAAAGUCCUUGGAAACUGACACAACGCCCUAUUCCCAUGCUUCCCGAGAUUGAGGGGAAUUUCGACGGAGUUGUGAAAUGUGAUGGACCCAUCAGCCAUGACCAAUGGACUGCGUUCAUUCAAGGCAGCAACCCCGUUGUUAUCCCUGCUGGCGAGAGUGCGAUUGUGGACAUUGAAUGUGAAUCAUUGACGACAGCCUUCGUGAACCUACAACUCGAAGGAGGAAAAGGCUCAAUCAUCACCAUUCAGUAUGCCGAGUGCUAUGAGAAAGAUCUUGGGGUUGAAAUUGCCCCUUUUCCGAUGCCGAGAACCAAAUCAAUUCGAGCAGACAGCAGUGGUCGACUUUACGGCGUGAAAGAUGUAUAUAAUGUGGUCGAUGGUGAGCCCGAUCAAUCAUUCGAACCAUUCUGGUUUCGUGCAUUCCGAUAUGUGCAGCUGCAUAUUCAAACAUCCCCCCAGCCUCUCACGCUCAACGCAGUUACACUUAGAGAAACAUCCUACCCACUCGAAAUAUCUACCCAAAUCCAAGCCGAACCCGAGCUUGACAAGAUAUGGAACGUCAGUCUCCGCACGCUGCAAAAUUGCCGACACGAAACAUACGAGGACUGUCCAUUCUACGAACAAAAUCAAUUCGCCUCUGAUUCACGACUUCAAAUGCUUUUCACUUAUCAAAUUUCCCCCGAUGACCGUCUAGCGCGAAAAACGCUAGAAGAAUUCCACGCAAGUCGAUGCUCAGAUGGUCUCAUCAAGGCGCAAUUCCCCUCCGGCUUCCGCAGUAAACAGAUUCCUCAAUUCUCGCUAUAUUACGUAGCCAUGGUGUGGGAUCACAUGCGGUAUUUUGGCGACGCAAAGCUCGUGCGAACAUACCUGAGCACGAUUGACGGCAUUCUGAACCAUUUUGACGACCUCCUCAAUGAGAUCGGGCUAGUUGGUCAAUUCGAUGACGACACUUGGCCGUUCAUCGAUUGGGUGCCCGAGUGGUCUGUUCCCGGAAAAAUCUUCCAAUCCUGCAUGCCCCAGGCAUACCACACUACAGGGGCAGCCACGUUCAAUAGCCUGAUCUACAUUAUUGCGCUGAUGCAAGCGGGGGACUUGUGCGACUUUGUCGAGCGGAAGGACACCGCGGCUGAGUACCGACGUCGGGCGCAAGAGCUCCGAGACGCGGUCAACACACACUGUUACGACGACGGGUUGUACCUCGACGGUCCAUCCUCGAAAGAGUAUAGUCAGCACAGUCAGGUCUUUGCCGUUCUCUCCGAGACAGCGACGGGCAGUCAGGCACGGGAAGUGAUUACACGGAUGUCGGAGGCGUCAUUGGUUCAGUGCUCUAGUGCGCUGCAAUUUUACGUCUUUCGGGCAGUGGAGAAGGUGGGUCUUUACGAUAGAAUGUUUUCGACGUUAUUGGAUCCUUGGAGAAGGAUGCUCGCGGAUGACCUGACCACAUGGGCGGAAUUUGAGCAGAAUCCCCGGAGCGAUUGUCAUGGGUGGAGCGCCUGUCCAAUCAACGAGAUCGUCACGCAGAUUUAUGGCGUCAAGUCUGCUCGACCCGGUCAACGGCUUCGGAUCGAGCCACGAGUGGAACUUUUGUCGAAGGCGGAGGGGACUUUUGUUACUUCUGUUGGCACGGUCCGAUUGAAAUGGGCAGAGGAGUUGGAGGUGGAGGUUAAUUCCGAUGUUGAGGCAGAGAUUGUCUUUGGGGGGUCUGUGUACACCGUCCAAUUUGUGGGUGGCCAGCCAUUGACAUUCACGAAAUAA